AUGGCUCUUGUUCGAGACCCAUAUUUCUGGAAACGGUUCUCAACUGCAGUCCACAUGGAUGAAGAGCUAAGAGCAGUUGACCAGGGCACACAAACAAAACAAUACGCGGCAUCAUGGCUAUCCCAGGAAAGGCGAAAGAGCAGACGUUCCAUUAUCUGGGGCGUUGUUAUUUUCUUUGGUGUGGUGCUCAUCAUCAUUAUUAGCGUGGUUCUAUGGUGGCUUUCUAAGAACAACUGGCUCCAACCUCGGCCGGAUACCACCCAAUAA